CGUUACCAUGCCUCCCACAAUGCCUCAUUUGAAAACGGUUUCUAGUAUGAAAUACUACUUUGCCACACAUUAUCCAGAGGUCCAUUUACAUCACCUUGCCUCACCUGGCCACACAUUGCUGCCAUGGCUCGUGUUAAACGUUACCUUACUCUUCUGCUGCUAUUCCUUCCUGAGGGGCUCUCUCAGUUGGUGAGAACACAGCAGGUUGUCAUAGCAACCCUGGGAGAGGAUGCUCACUUCAGCUGCAGGCUCAUGAAACCCAAAGAUGUGCUUCAAGUCACCUGGCAGAAAGUGACACCAGGGGCGACUGAAAAUGUGGCCACCUACAACAAACGAUUUGGACCAGUAGUCAACCCACCUUUUCAGAGGAACGUGGAGUUUGAAGACGAGGGUCUGCAGAACUGCUCUAUCGUCAUCAGAGGAGUGUCAAGAGGAGACGAGUCCUGCUACAAGUGUUUGUUUAACGCCUAUCCAGACGGAGCUAUCAGUGGCAGGACCUGCCUCCAGAUUAAUGAGCUGUAUGGACCCUCACUCCUCAUCACACAAACCAACAACAGUCACACCACUCUGUCCUGUUCUGCUACUGGACGACCUGUUCCUACAGUAACCUGGGACCACAUAGAAAACAUCAGUCUAGACAAAUCCACCAUGGCUGAUGUCACCCAUCCCAAUGAAACAGUCACUGUCACCAUAACUGCCAUGGUGGCAGCGUCCAGUCUACCUGACAAAGACACCAGGGUUGGGUGUGUAGCAUCAUCCGUUGGCGCCAUCAAGGAUGUUUCCAUGGUGAUUCCAACUAGGGAUCAAGCUUCAUUUGCAGGUCAACCUCAGGUCUCUGAUGAUGACAGGAUCAGUGGUACAGUGGUUGGUGCAGUGAUGGGUUCAAUGUGUCUCAUUGCUGGAAUCUGUGUAAUACUUUGGUUUCUUAAGAGGAGAAAAGAUACCUCAUCCAGAAAAGCCCCAGUGUCUGACCCAGAAUUCAUCAGGACUCCAACAAAGACGACAACUGAAUGUACAUUGCCAUGUUUUAUUCAUUUCAGGGAAACGCCAACCUCCAGUCCACCAACCAGGGACACACAAACCUUCACUCCAUCACGAAUGACCACACCAAUCUCCAGUCCAUUCAAAAUUUUAGACUCCCUCAGCUCCUCAGCCAAGCGUAUGAUGCAACAAGCACAAGGUGUUGUAAAGAAAAUAUCUCCUGAGAGACCAGAUGACCUGCAAUGUAGAAGGAAACUUUUAGAGGGUGACGAGAACUGAGUGACUACCAUACUGUCUCACACACAUCUGUGUGGUUCGGAGACCGUUUCUAUCCAUGGGCAUUGUGGGUACUGAAUAGUGGACUGAAUGGCUGACACACAUAGGCCUGCUGGUUAUUGUAUAUCUAAAUACAGUCUGUAUGUAAAUAUAUUUUGUAGUUGGUUAAUGAUGAAACAUGAUAAAUCCACACUAGACUUGUUUGUGGUUUUAUUCUUCACUUAUUUAUAAAUCAUGUGUUUAUAUUAUAACCUACACAAUGUCAUAAUGUCGACUACUUUCAUGGUGUGUGUGUUUUUGUGUGUGUUGUUUUCUUUCUUCACUCUUUAUAACAAAAAUGCUUUAUGAUUCACAAUGUUGUAAUGUCCUUUGUUGUGGGUGUGUGUUUGUUUUCUACUUUUAUCAAUACAAUUUUAAACAACGUUGUAGUGUAUGUUGUGACAUCAGCUUGUUAUACAAUGUGUCAUAAAUCUGCUGCUGGGAAUGCUUAAAAAAUGAA